UGUUCUCCCCUGUCUGCUCCGCUCGGGCCUUCACUCUUGACUUUCCGUAGCAUUCCUUCAAUAAAUUCAUUUGCUUUUGUUAUGAAUCUCCUUCUUUUCUGUGCCUUUUUGGGCACUGCUGCUGCCCAGAUCAUUCCCGCCGUUUACUAUGGCCCCCCGACCGGCCAGAAUAACAUUUUUGGGAAUGGAGCGCCAAAUACUGAUGUUGGGGCCCAAGGAAACGAUUUCGGAGCUCUUCCAAGCAAAGAUAACGUUAACAGCUUCCGAAGCAACGGUAAUGGACUAGGAGGCAACGGCUUCAGAAGAAACGGUAAUGGCUUUGGUGCCCCUGCCCCUAGCAACGGGUAUGCGCCUCCCAGUAACACCUAUGGAGUCCCUAACGGCGCCUACGGAGUAGACCCUGAGAUUGCCGCUUUGGCCGAGAGCAUUCCCGGGGGCGGCGUCCCCGGCGAGGACUACCCCAUCUUGGCUUCCGUGCCCGACACCGGCUUCUCCUGCGAUGCCCAGGCGGUGGCAGGUUAUUACGCCGACACUGCAGCUGAAGCCGGCUGCCAGGUGUUCCAUAUCUGCCAGGACCGCGCCCUCAGGCGCCAACAGGACUCGUUCCUGUGCCCCAAUGGUACCAUCUUCAACCAGCAGUACCUGGUAUGUGACUGGUGGUUCAACGUGGACUGUUCUCAAGCUGAGAGCUUCUACUCCGUCAACGAACUCAUCGGAGUCGUUCCCGACGCCGGUUAUGCUUAUGCUGCCGCCACCAACGGCAUCCUCAACGGAAACGGAAACGGAUAUGGAGCCAAAAACAACGGAAGGAACGGAGCUAAUGGAUACGGUUCCAAUGGUAACGGUAUUUUCCGUGGAAACACAUAUAGUUCAAAUGGUAAUGGGAGAAAUGGAAAUGGAAGAAGGAACGGUAAUGUUAAUAAUGGUAAUGGUUAUGGUGCUUCCUCCAACUCUUAUGGUAACCGUUUCUAAACUCUUUUAUUGGAUGUUGCCAAUAACUAUGGCCAGAAUAAUUUUCAUGGUAUAGAAGAAAUCCGUCCAGUCCAGUAUUAGGCUGAAUGCAUUGGUUAUGGUCCCACUGAGAGCCUUACUCUUUCCAAGUAUGAUACUGAAAACGAUGUUCAAACCUUUAUCUUUAUUUCAGAAAUCCGUUUCUUCUUAAUCACUGAGGCCCAGGAAUUUAUUUCUGUCUGCAAAUUAACUUUUGUAAGUUCUCAGGUACAAAUUGAUUGCUGCUAUUAUUCGAAAACCUUGUUUAAACUUUUAAAUAUAACUUCGCUGUAAGAGUGGUUAUGAAAAUUUUUCCAAUAUAUGUUAAAAAAAAAACUCUAUUGCAGUUAUUUCUUAUCCAUGACAGAAAGACCUAUGAAGCUGCAGAAUAGUGUUUUUUUUUUCCCAUCUUUUCAAGGAAUACAGGAUGUAUUCCAUAUGCAUAAGUCUGGAUGUGUGUUUGCGUGUGUACAGACGCGCAUGUAAGCUUGUGUGUGUAUGCAUAUUUGAUAUACAAUUAAUUCUACCUAAAUCUGAACCAAUCUCAGACAAAAAAAAUAAAUAAAUGAAGAAAGAUAAAGAGUUUGUGUCUCAGUGGCAGUAGAGUAUUUUUGUUUUCCAUUUUAGAAUAAAUCAUCCCACACUGCAUUGUAUGCAUGUCCCUUCAGAAUUAUGUAGACUUUUUUCACCCUCAAGUUAAAAUAAGUGAACAUCAGAUAAAAUAUUAAUUUAAAUAUAUUAAUUUAGAAUACCAGAAGUUUAAUUCA